UCUAUAUUGUACUUUGUUUCUCGAGACAACAAGGGAGAAAGAGACGCCAUGCCCUCACCUGAACACCAAUGCCAAUCUCUGGCUCUCGAAGAGAAGAAAUCAACUAAAGAUAAAGAUGAGGACAACCCAGCUUACUUUGACGUCUAUGGUCCAGAAGGAAAAGCUGAGGUGGAUUUUAACACACCUGCAGCAAACUCAACCUUGAAUUUGCAGGAUGUUCAAGGACUUGUCACUUGGGUGCUAGCUGAAGGAUUCAUGCCGUCGUGGGUUUUUAUCAGGAACAAGCCUUUGAUACCAAAAGUGGUUCUUCUUUAUGUUCCUGGUCUUGACGCUGCUCUGUACUUAUCCCAAUCGAAAAUACUUAAAGGUUUCAAAAAAUGCUGUGGUAUACCAAGGCCAGUAUUAGCACUUAGGUUGAGCAGCUGUGUAUCAGAUGGAAUGCAGACUAUAGAUGCGCUCCUUACAAGUAGGGUGAAAAGGAAAAGAGUUGAGACUGAUUCAGUUUCAAUAGAAAAUAUCCAGGCGAAUUCUCAAGGAAGUCUUAAUUCUAUCACAGAAAAUUCAGCAUCCGAAGAUGUCCUGAAGGAUAUUCCAUUCCCAAUCGAAUACUAUACACUCACAGCUCAGCAAUUGGAAGAAAAUGGUUAUAUCCAAAAUCAAUCAGGGUUUGUUUCAACACGUGCGUCUCCUUCAGGGACCCCUCCUUUUAAAAUGUUAGCACUUGAUUGUGAGAUGUGUAUCACGAGCGAAGGAUUUGAGCUAACAAGAAUCACCCUGGUUGACAUUAAAGGGCAGGUAAUGAUAGAUAAACUUGUAAAGCCUUCAAAUGCCAUUCUUGAUUACAAUACAAGGUAUAGUGGAAUCACAUCUGAGAUGCUAUCUGGAGUCACCACUACUCUGAAACAUGUUCAGGAUGAAUUUAUAGAGCUGGUAUUCAAAGAGACCAUUCUAGUUGGGCAUUCCCUGGAGAAUGAUCUGUUGGCUCUAAAGAUCUCUCAUGAUUUGGUCAUAGAUACAGCAGUAUUGUAUAAGCACCAUCGUGGUAAGUCUUACAAGACUGCACUUCGCGUGCUAACUAGAAGACAUCUUUCAAGGGAGAUACAAGAUUCGUGUAAUGGGCACGACAGUAUUGAAGAUGCAAAGGCCGCCAUGGAAUUGGCACUGCUGAAAAUUAGACACGGACCUGAUUUUGGUUCUCCGCCAUCAUCUAUCCGGAAAAAGCUUCUUACAGUACUGAACGAGUCCGGAAAGGCUGCAACUCUGAUCGAUGAUCUAUACAUUGUGAAGAGGUACGGUUCCGAAUCUUCAAAUGCUAUUCCAGUAACUUCUGAUGAUGAUGCACUCUCAAAGGCCAGAAAAGAGGUGAAGAAUGAAAAGGUACAAUUUGUGUGGACGCAGUUUUCUGAGUUAAAUUCCUACUUAAAAAGACAAGCAGAAGAUACUGAGAGGUUCAAUGCAAGAGUUGCAGAGAUGAUAUCGUUACUUACAUGUGAGAAGAAGUUGGCUGAUCGAAAAGGCGUAAAAUAUAGUAUACAUGAUGACCUGAAGGAGAUAUUAACCCAUUUGGAUGGUAGAAUCAAAAUGCUGCACUCCAGUUUGCCUAACAAUACCAUGCUCAUCAUUUGCACAGGACAUGGAGACACUGCAGUUGUUCAGAGAUUGAGAAAAAUGCUUAUGGACGAAACUGAGACAUCUUCUUCCUCAAUGGGCCGUGAAAAGAUUGUGAAAGUGUUGGAAGAAUUGCAGGCGCAAGCAGAAGUAGGAUUGUGCUUUGUGAAUAUAAAACAUUGAAAUAUGGGUUGUGAUAUUUAAAAUGGUCUAUUUAUUAUAUCUCCUAUCUUUGAUGUAGCUUGGAAGGGGACUUUUUGUC